AUGGAACUUGCUGAUGGGACACGUAGAAAUAAUGUGGCUCUGAAACGUGGAGAUGCUGAAGUAUCAAUAGCUGAUGAAAAUGGAAAAUAUGUGAAAGCUGUUCUGAAAGACGCACUGUUCAUACCAACGUGUCCACAGGAUAUAUUUUCUGUUAGAGCAGCUACUUCAAAUGGAGCCAAAGUAAAGUUCUCACAAGAUAAAAAUGAACUUGUCUACAAAGAUGGUACAACUUUCAUUAUUGAGGAACAUGAACGCUUGUAUUAUUUGAACACUGUUAAUUAA